AUGAAGAAUAUCAUCAAUGGCUUCUUCCUCUGCAUGCUUUUUCUUCUCUUGUGUCUUGUGCAUUCAGGGAAUGCCAUUGAUCCUUUCUCAUAUAGCAACUCUCUCAGAACAGAGUGUCUAAUGAAACCUCCACGAAGCAGUGAAACACAAGGAUUAUUACUAUUUAACCGCUCUGUGGAAGAUGACUCGGAUCAAGAAUGGGAGAUUGAGGCAAAUGGAGUUAUUAGAGAAAUGUCACAAAGAAUUGAGCUGCAUCAAGGAAACAUUUACAGCUUCUCUGCUUGGGUAAAAUUGAGAGAAGGAAACGACAAGAAAGUAGGAGUUGUGUUCAAAACAGAAAAUGGAAGACUUGUUCAUGGAGGUGAAGUUAGGGCAAAGCAAGGAUGUUGGUCUUUGCUUAAAGGUGGCAUUGUACCAGAUGUUUCAGGCCUUGUAAAUAUAUUCUUCGAGAGUGAUGAUGAAGAAGCAAAGAUCUCUGCAAGCAAUGUGUUGCUAAAACGGUUUAGCAAAGAAGAAUGGAACCAGAAACAAGACCAACUUAUUGAAAAGAUAAGGAAGAGCAAAGUGAGAUUUGAAGUAACUUAUCAGAACAAAACCGCGGUAAAUGGCGCAGUGGUAUCGCUAAUACAAACCAAGCCGUCUUUCCUCUUAGGUUGCGGUAUGAAUUUUCGGAUCCUACAAAGCCAAGGGUACAGAAAAUGGUUUGCAUCGCGGUUCAAAAUCACAUCAUUCACCAAUGAAAUGAAAUGGUAUGCAACGGAGAAAGCACGAGGUCGAGAGAACUACACGGUAGCCGAUUCAAUGCUGAAAUUUGCGGAAGAGAAUGAGAUAUUAGUUAGAGGUCAUACUGUGUUAUGGGAUAAUCCAAAAAUGCAGCCAAGUUGGGUGCAAAAGAUAAAAGAUCCAAAAGAUGUGAUGAAUGUGACAUUGAACCGGAUAAACUCGGUUAUGAAGAGAUACAAAGGGAAGUUAACCGGGUGGGAUGUGGUUAACGAGAAUUUGCAUUGGGAUUAUUUUGAGAAAAUGCUUGGCGUAAACGCUUCAUCAAGAUUCUACAAUCUAGCUUCUAAGCUUGAUCCUGGUGUGACAUUGUUCGUUAACGAGUACAACACGAUAGAAAACCCUAAAGAGGUUACUGCGUCGCCGAUUAAAGUGAAGAAGAAGAUGGAGGAGAUUCUUGCAUACCCAGGAAACCAGAAUAUCAAAGGAGCAAUUGGAGCUCAAGGUCAUUUUGGUCCAACUCAAUCUAACUUAGCUUACAUAAGAUCUGCAUUAGAUACUUUAGGCUCUCUAUGUUUGCCUGUCUGGCUUACGGAGCUUGAUAUGCCUAAAUGCCUUAAUCAGGAGAAAUACAUUGAAGAAAUUCUUAGGGAAGCGUAUUCCCAUCCUGCCGUGAAAGGCAUCAUAAUAUUUGGUGGACCUGAGGUAUCUGGGUUCGACAAGCUGACCCUUGCGGAUAAAGACUUCAAGAACACACAAACAGGAGAUGUAAUUGACAAGCUGCUCAAGGAGUGGCAGCAAUAUUCUUCAGAGAUUUUCAAGAUUUUCAUCACAGAUGCCGAGAAUGAAGAAGAAGAGAUCUUAUUGUUACAUGGACAUUACAAUGUAAAUGUAAGUCAUCCAUGGAUGAAGAACUUGUCCACUAGUUUGAGCUUGGAGGUAACUAAGGAUAUAGGUCAGCGUCAGGUGGUUAGAGUUGUAUUUAAUAUUUGA